UUAUUGCACGUACCACACGAUUGGGAAGGUUCGAGAACACUGUAGGAAGCCGCGUACAGUCGGUCAAAAGGACUCAACCCUUGCAAGCAGCGCAUUCACUUGUUCGCCUCCGUUGUGCCCCAGGUGAAGACGAUGGAAGUCAUCGACAACUUCACCGCGUGGAAAAGCAGUCCCUCUCUGGCGGUGUCGGUCUCCAUGUGCACGCGCGUCUACAAGGCCCAGGCGGCCAAAACAAUGGACGCACCCUGCGUGAGAAGCAAGUUCGGGGUCAACACCACUUCCAGUUACUGCCAAUCUUUGGACCCGUAUGAAAAUCCAGCCACUGACGUGACACAAAAGGUUGUGGUCGGGACAUCUCGCAAUAUCAGGGCCACAGACAUUCUGAGCACUUUCGAAACCAGAAUCACCAUCAACUCCAAGUUGUGCGACAUCAACAAGAUGUUCGCGAACAUGGACAUCGGCUUGGCGCUGUUUGACCUCGAGUGCGAAGACUGGACUCGGGUAUGCCCGGCACCCACCGCUGGCCUCUACUACAAUUACAGGUUCCUCAACGUCAGCGGUCAGACUCGCUUGCUGGCGGCAUCCGGAGUGGCCAGCGUUUGCCCGUAGCCCGUUAAACGCACUCUCUUCCGGCCCGACAAUUGAGUGUACUCGCACAAAAAAUGUCGACGCGCAAUGACGUGACACAAGAAAAACAACAAGAAACUUGGCGAGAAAAAAAAAGGGGGGGAACCCGCGCAUUGGGCUUCGAUAGUCAAACACACGCACGCUUCACUUACACGUGCAGUAUUCACGUGGUCUUGGAAUGUGUUAUACGCCAACAAUCUUUGCUUUUGCCGCUUCGGAUAAUGUCACGACCAGUGUUGCGAGUUCAUAUAUGAACACUGAGCGUCUGAACGCUAUAAUUUUGACCAAGAUGGUGAUGACAUCGCGGCCUGUUCUGCGCUGUUUGUGCUUGUUAUACCGUGUGGAACUGUUCGCUUGUGCUGGCUACGUGCGCCAUGCGUGCACUUGCUUAGUCAUUCCGACAAACUUCCGGGGGACGGUUCGUUCCUAUGGGGUUUUCCGCUACUGUUUCGGGAACCUUAAGGUUCAAGCGUGAACAGUUGAAAUUCGAAAUGUAAUUAGAAAAAGAAAUACUAAUAUUUAUGUGCAUUUUUAGUUCAACCAGCGCUCAGCUGUGGUUCGUCGUGCCGAGCAACCUCCUUUUGAUUUGCGAGCCAAUAUGAAAUACUAUAAAUAUAUAUUUUCAUAAACUGAUAACCCCACCUUGUCGUACGGAGGAAACGCAAGGUUUUUUUAGUUAGGCCACUACCUAAAACAGCCGCGGUAUUCUUUUAUUUUGAAAUGAAGCUUAUUUUGCAAAAAAAAAAAAAGAAAAGGAAAGGUCAGAAGAAGAAAUAGUUGCAGCGAACGCUGUCAGCUCGUCCAGUGAGAAGAAAGAAGACGAUCAGCGCCAGAGAAGCCCAGGCCAAGAUCCGGGAACCAUUGGAGUACAGCGAUUUGCACAGGCUGACGUUUCAAUAGUCUAGGCCUGCUUAUUUGAAUGCAGUUGUUUGCUGGACACAUGCCUCAUCGACCCUUCUUGCCUCCACAGAGGCUAGAGGGAAAUCCCUGGUGAAUGGGGGCAAAAAACAUUACUUACAGACGAAGAAGCCAGGGACAACAUCGGGGAAAUUGACCGUUUCUUUACAGUGACGCUGUUAACGCCUAUCCCUGCUAUCGUGCCCACGUGUAGAAAAAAAUCACGAAGAUAGUGCAAUGCCAAGCCGACCCGCGGUGGAGGUGACGCAGGCGUUAAGCACUCUCCAUACGUGCGCCGAUCCCGAAGGUAGUGCAAUGCCGCGCCGACCCGCAGCGGAUGUGCAGUUCGCCAUUAACGAGCCCACAUACACAGCUUCGCUGGUCGUCCUUCACAGAGUAGAAGGGCACUGAGCUUUUUUUUUUAUUUAUUUAGCUGUACAAAUAGAUAACAAGGAAAGAGAAAGGAGAGUGAACGAAAUAAACACUUACCGAAGGUGGGAGCCAUGCCUACACCUUCCCUAAUGCAAUGCGUAAUGUAUGCGCAAUGUAAUGCGCAGUUGAAUACGCAGAUAUAAUUCGUAACGCGGAACAUGUAGGUUCGACUCCCGCACGUGGAAAGUUGCUUUAUCGAGCCCUCUCACUUCCGUUCUCGUGAUUAUUUCUACAUUUAAAUUAAAAGACAGUUACUUUACCAUGUAUUUUAUUUUCUUAGUAACAUUUCGGUUCCAGGAGACAGGGACAAAACCCAGACGUAAACAACGCGGCGCCCUAUGCUGUCUAUUAGCGCACCGUGGUGUCCACGUCUCCGUUUUGUCCUUGUCUGCUGGCUUCAAAUGACUAUCCAAGUUUGCAUGCCAACACGUCCAACACGCCGCAGUGGUACAAUCCGUUUUCUGCGGUUUUUCAUUGUCAGAUUUGUCCAUGUGGGUAUACCAAAACAAACAAGCAAACAAUAAACGUUCAUUACUCACACUGAGCUGUUCUAACUAAAUCUGCGAGAACGUCGGUACACUAAAAAAAAAAAAAAAAGAAGGAUGAAGAAAAUUCCACAAUGAUUGAUAGAGAGGGCCACGCAAUAUCCUCAAUGCUAAAUGUUGGUCGCACGGCCGCGAAUAUAUCAUAUGUUCUUUGCGAAGGUUCAACAUUGCUUUCGUGCCUAACGGAAAAACGUACACAUUUAAUGCGACUAAAGAACAAAAAGCGGAACAGCUUUACCUCAGAAUCAACCUAAGUACGUCUAGCAUAUCAGAUGCACUUCAUGACGUGGUGUGCCAACUUUUCGACAUGUCGUGCCACGAACGUGGCUGCUCCGAUGUGUGCCAGCGUUGCCGUCAGUUAAGCUGCACUCGACUCGCAGGAAACCCCUAGAAGGCCGUACCG